AUGAACAGAAAUGGCCUUGUGUUUGUUCCACGUGAACCACCGAAACGUGUUAUUCUUUAUGCAACUCAGGAUUCAUCCAAUCAACAGCAUCAACCAAAUGGGUCUUAUACGAGAGCAAAAACAACACUCGUAACUAAUAAUUACCAUGAAACCAUAGAACAAUCAAAUCAUAAUGUUCGUCUUUCUCGUCAGCAAGCAUUUUCCAGUCCGCCACAUCAUUCAAUAAAAAUCAAUGAAAAAUCUGAUAAUGAUAAGCCAGCACCGAAUGGUUCAGGACAACCAACGACUUCAUCGGUUGGGCAAAAACUUCAAAUUCCCUACAAUGCAAAUCCAUUUUUUCGUCCUAAAGUUGUUUUCAAUCAGCAACCAACAACAUCAAUCACUACUUUACAAUCAGCAAGUCGUGAUUCAUCAAUAGUCAAUUCCAAUGCUAAUAUUCAAACGCUAAUACCUUCAACAACAACAAUAAUAGCGAAUAGAGACAGACAACCGACUUAUCCUAAAGCUCAAAGUCCACUUUUAUCCGGUGGAAGAACACAAGAACCCGAGCCAACAGCUACUACAUCCACUGUACAAGAUGAUAGUCGUCGAUGGGCUCAUGCUGUUCCAGCAACAUCUAUUGCACGACGUGUUGUUAGUGAUGAACGUACAAAUGGGACAUUGAGAGUAUCGGAAACAAAUACAACAAAUCUAACGAACAAUGAUGCUCUUAAACAGAAAGGUACAUCAGCUACAGAUAUUGUCAUAUCACUCAUGGACACCUGGCGCACACCUAUAAAUCCAGGUAAUACCUCAGCUAUCAAUAUAUUUCCACGUCCCAAUGGCAUUAAAGAUGAUUCAGCAAUACCUGGUCAACCAUCGGCUGCAUGUGAACAAUUACCUAAUACGCCUCCUUUUGCAACUGGUGGUAAUUCAACGGCGAGUAACAAUAAUCAAAAUUGGAAAAAAGCUUUAUUGGCUAAUUUUCAAAAAAAUUCUCGUAAUAUUCCAGCAGCUAAAUUAUUUAAUUCAAAGCAAACAACAGUACUACCACAACCAUUGAACACAGCAAAUAAUGACGGAAUAGCAAAUCAACAACAACACAAAAGUGAACGAUCAAUUUUUAAUGGAAUUAGCAAUGAACGUACAUUUCAAGCUAACGAAACGACACGAUCAAUUAUACGAAAAUCAAGUGAAAAUCUUCGACCAACCAAACAAGAUGAAAAUAACACAAAUAAUAAUAUUGAACGUUCCACAUCUUUACAGAUUCAAGGAUCAGGAUAUUCUAAUCAAAUGGCAGCACCACCCAAUAAAACUGAAGAAACACCUAAGUCGGUUGAAACAUCUAACUUAGAAAACAUGUCACAUGUGCCCUUGUCUAUUCCAACAUCAUUAAUUACAGCUAAGCCACCUGCUAAUGUUGAACAACAAAGAGCGAUUAUUACGAGAGUGAUGAUCAGACGAGAUUUCGUUAAAUCAACUGAAUCAAAACCACCAAUGCCAACAGCAUCUAACAUACGUUCGGUUAUUCCUGCAAGAUCAGCUAAGCCCGGUGGUCUUCCAACAAAUAAUAUUGUUCAAGUAGCAAUAAUAACUGAAAAUAAUACUGGUAUGAAUACGAAUUUAAAUGGGAAUCGUAUAUAUUCAGCACAACUACAACCACAAUCACUUCAACAGCAACAGCUACAAAGACAACAAAUGCAGCUGCAAUUGCAACAACAACAACAACAACAACAACAACAACAACAACAGCCACAGCGUCAACAAUUACUAGCGCCAUCAUCUCAACAACAAACAGUGCCAUUAUCUCAAAAAAGUCUUUUAUCAUUUACUGCACCUAAUUCAAUAAUAAAAGAAUCACUCAAAAUUGAAACGAAUCUACAACAAUCACACGGAACAGCGAAUGAUGGAAUCUCAACAAUAUCAGUCGUGAAAAUGCAACAAUCAUCAACGAAUAAUAAUCCUGCUUUCCGAUCAAACAGUGUAUCAGCGGCUAAUGCUGAAUUACGAAGAAAGAAAGAAGAGAUUAAUAAUAAAAUAAAAAAGAGAGCCAUUAGUGCAUCGGCAGCAUCGAACGACGGGUAA